AGGAAAGCGGUGCUUUUGAGACACAGACGAGGGAAGGAGUUCAGAAAACUACAUUACUUCACCUCUCAGCCAUGGCCUCGGAAGAUUCAAACAGGAAAGUGUCCUCUGUCUUCAUCACCUUGGCAACGCCUCACCAAACGAAGGCCACGCAAUAUGUUAGGAACAAAAAGGGUUGGGUGCAUGUCGGGCCUUCCCUAAAGAGCUCAGGAUUUCAAAGCGCUGCACCUCGAGAGCUUUCCCACAGGCCCCCGUGUUCUGAGAGCAGUGCAUCAGUCCAGUCGGGACACGACAUGGGAAUGCUGCGGGAAAAUGACAACAGGGACGUUGCAGGUUCAAUAGAUGUACCUCCUCCUACUCCUCCUCCUCCUUCACCUACACCCCCUCGUCCUUCUCCACCUUCUCCUUCUGCGCUACAUUCAUAUCCCUCGGAUCCACUGCCCACACCACCACCUCCGGCCCAGAAACCUGUCUCACGCCCUUCGACCUCGCCCCGGUUGCUACAUCCCAACAAAGAGGUGGUAAAAAGAGCAGCAUCUAGUGGGACGAAUACAAACGAAAAGCCAAGUGGGAUCCAGAAAGAUAAUCGCAGUGACAGCAGAGGCUUGUGUGGUUUCUGUCAAAAGCCAAUCCCUUUUUCUGAGCCAGCGUUAACCACUCUGAAAACGAUUUACCAUAAAAGCUGCUUCAGGUGCAGCAAUUGUAGUAAGCUUCUGGCUGGAAAAAAGUUCUACCAGAAGGCAGAAGCCGCUGAAUGUGAAGCGUGCUAUGAGGAGAGUCUCGAACGUUGCUGGUCAUGUGGUUAUAUCAUAAGAGGGCAACUCGUUCGAGCACUCCAGCGAGUGUAUCAUCCUGCUUGUUUUACCUGCAUAACAUGUAAACAGCCACUUCAAAAAUUCAUCCAGGCAGAUACAGGAGAGGUCUACUGCAAUCUGGACUACGCCAGGAAGAUUGCUAAGAAGUGCAGUGGCUGCCACAAGCUAAUUAUGUCCAGUGAAGGCAGUUUUCCAACAAGCAUUGAAAGUGAUGGCCGCAACUUCCAUGAAGAGUGCUACAGAUGUGAGGUUUGUCACUUCAAGUUCUCUCUCUCUCCGGUGAAAAACGAACAUGGUUGCUAUUAUUUGGGUGAUAAAAGGCUUUGCCUCACCUGCUGUCGAAAACAUCAAGGGACGACUGGAUAAAAGCACUCGCGUCAAUUUUUACCAACAAACCAAAAUCACAGAAGUAAUGGAAGACGACAUUGGCGCUCUACGUGCAGGCAACAUACAUUUGGAUACAAUGAUUUAUAUGUUUACUUAGUUUAGUACCCAGACUCUGUUAGCACAUUUCAGGUAAAUGUUGGAAUUGUACAGUAACUAAUGAUUCAAUCGUUUGCUAGUGAUACCAAUAAUAUCGCAAUACAGCGACAAUUUAGGCAAUCAUUUAGAUACUGGAAGAUAAACAUCAUCACGAUAUUUAUGCAACUGAAGAAGGGAAAACGUUUUAGAAAAACAUCAUUUGUCAUCUUGCACAUCAAGCAUACAAAAACAUUUCAAUAUUAUGUCAUAUACAGUGGUGCCUUUUGAUAUGAAUGACCCGACAGGGGUUUUUCAAGAUAAAUGAGGUUGUUCGGACAAUUUUUUCUGCUUUGUCUGUAUGAACUCAACUCACUUCAUAACAAGCAGCAGUUUGCCAGAUAGUGACCAAUUCUUCAAAAACAGGCUUCAAGCUGUUUAAUGCCACUCCCAGUUGAAGUUUGCUGUCAAAGUCCGCUUAGCUUAAUGCUAACAAACACGGCAAAACGCCAUAGACAGGCUAACGAAAAGCAUCAUUGUUGCUGUGUUUUAGGGAAUGUAUAUUUGAACACAAAUGGUGGAACAACAGACAGGAGACAAAAAAAAAACAACAACAAUAUUCACAGGCAUAUUUUCCUUAUCUUUUGCACACACAAAAAACAUAAUAUUAUAGAGUGCUA